UCACGCACCAUGCGCGCGAUCCGCGAGUGUGAACCAACCAUUAAAAUAUAGUGAAGUGAACAAUAAAUCCGGAUUUUACACACAUCUGGAAUAGAACUUAAACAAACAUGGCGACCUCAGGGGGGAAGUCGCGGCGAGAGGAGGUGAGCGACAAUUCCGACGACGAGCUGUUGCCGCUCGCCAACGACACUUAUGGUGGCAGCCAAAGAACGGUACAAGAAACAAAAGGAUGGGACGUCUUCAGAGAAUUUCCACCGAAGCAGGACAGUGGGUCAAUGGAGACCCAGGUCUGCCUGGAGUUUACAGUUCGAAUUCUGAAAGUGCUGGCGUACACGAUCACGUUCAUAGUAGUGCUGGGUUCUGGUGUGAUAGCCAAGGGCACAGUACUUUUUAUGACCUCCCAACUCAAGAAAGACAAACGGUUAGCGUAUUGCAAUAGAAAUUUAGGUAGGGAUAAACAAUUUGUAGUCAGUCUGCCGGACGAGGAGCGGGUGGCUUGGAUGUGGGCGAUCCUGGCCGCCUUUGCGAUUCCAGAAAUAGGGACAUUAAUACGUUCUGUCAGAAUAUGUUUCUUCAAAACUUCGAAAACACCAACUAAUAUACAGUUUAUGGUGGUCUUUAUCACGGAAUCGCUGCAUACAAUCGGAAUGGGAUUGCUAUUCUUUAAAAUAUUACCAGAACUGGAUGUGGUCAAAGGAGCUAUGAUAACGAACUGUCUCUGCAUUGUACCAGCGAUCCUUGGCUUGCUGUCCCGAAGCUCGCGAGAUUCAAAACGUUUUAUGAAAGUGAUUGUUGACAUGGCUGCGAUCGUCGCACAGGUCACUGGUUUCAUUGUCUGGCCGCUGUUAGAAAACAAACCAGUUAUUUGGCUUAUCCCAAUAUCCGCCUUAUGUAUUUCCUUAGGAUGGUGGGAAAACUACGUUUCACGUCAGAGUCCAAUAGGUAUAAUAAAGAGCCUGGCAAGAAUCAAAGACGAACUAAACUACACACGCUACUUUACCUACCGUUUUAUGUCAGUCUGGAAGAUUAUCUUGUUCUUGCUGUGUAUACUCAUGAGUAUUUGGAUGGACGGCGAUGAUCCUGCUAUGUUCUUCCAGCUUUUCAAUCCUGGUUUUGGACCUCAUAAUAUCGUAGUUGAGGAGGUUCAAAUAACACUUGGCGGAACACUAAUUCCGGAUCUUGCAAACGCCACUCUCACUGGUGACUCAGUCGAGGUAGCAGCGGUACAUAAGUCUGCAUUUUAUGUGCUGCUCAUCCAAGUUUUCGCAGCCUACUUCUGUUAUAUAUUCGGAAAGUUUGCUUGCAAAAUCCUCAUCCAAGGGUUCAGUUAUGCUUUCCCAAUUAAUCUAGUUAUUCCAUUGGUGGUGAACUUUUUGAUUGCCGCGUGUGGUCUAAGAAAUGGUGAUAAUUGCAUAUUCCAUGGUACAAUUCCUGACUAUCUAUUCUUCGAAAGUCCACCAGUAUUUUCACUUGGUGACUUCAUAACACGCCAAAUGGCAUGGAUAUGGCUGCUGUGGCUACUUUCACAAACCUGGAUAACGAUUCAUAUUUGGACUCCAAAAGCUGAACGUUUGGCGUCUACUGAAAAACUGUUUAUCCUUCCAAUGUAUAAUGCAUUGCUGAUUGAUCAGAGUAUGGCACUUAAUAGAAAACGAGAUGACCAAAAGGACGUUAAAACUGAGGAUCUUGCAGAAAUAGAGAAAGAGAAAGGCGACGAAUAUUACGAAACUAUUUCGGUGCACACAGACAACACUGGAUCUUCACCCAAAACAAUAAAGUCUUCAGAUCAAAUUACAAGAAUAUACGCAUGCUGCACUAUGUGGCACGAAACGAAAGACGAGAUGAUGGAGUUCUUGAAGUCUAUUUUGCGCUUAGACGAAGACCAGUGCGCUCGGCGUGUCGCCCAGAAAUAUUUACGUGUUGUUGACCCUGACUACUACGAAUUUGAAACUCAUAUAUUUUUGGAUGACGCAUUUGAAAUAUCUGACCACAGUGACGACGAUUCUCAAGUGAACCGAUUCGUUAAACUUCUCGUGGAUACAAUUGACGAUGCCGCAUCCGAAGUACAUCAAACUAUUAUUCGUGUUCGACCGCCGAAGAAGUAUCCCGCGCCUUAUGGAGGACGAUUAACUUGGGUACUGCCAGGAAAAACGAAAAUGAUCUGUCAUUUGAAAGAUAAGGGAAAAAUUCGUCAUAGGAAACGAUGGUCUCAGGUUAUGUACAUGUACUAUCUUCUCGGAUUCCGCCUAAUGGAACUGCCUAUAUCAGUCGACAGGAAAGAAGUGAUGGCUGAAAAUACUUUUCUGCUAACUCUUGACGGGGAUAUUGAUUUCCAGCCACCAGCUGUACGACUUCUUAUAGAUUUGAUGAAGAAAAAUAAGAAUUUAGGAGCAGCAUGUGGACGCAUUCACCCUGUUGGAUCUGGACCCAUGGUAUGGUAUCAACUGUUCGAGUACGCUAUUGGGCAUUGGCUGCAAAAGUCGACCGAGCACAUGAUUGGCUGUGUACUUUGUAGUCCUGGAUGCUUCUCUCUGUUCAGAGGAAAGGCUCUUAUGGAUGACAACGUAAUGAAGAAGUAUACCUUAAGGUCGGACGAAGCUCGGCACUACGUACAAUACGAUCAGGGAGAGGAUCGUUGGCUCUGCACACUUUUGUUACAAAGAGGCUAUCGAGUAGAAUAUUCAGCUGCUUCCGAUGCUUACACUCAUGCACCCGAAGGUUUCAACGAGUUCUACAACCAACGUCGUCGCUGGGUGCCCUCUACCAUUGCCAACAUUAUGGACCUGCUUGCCGAUUACAAACACACGAUUAAAAUUAACGACAACAUUUCAACUCCCUAUAUCGCAUACCAGAUGAUGUUGAUGGGCGGUACGAUUUUGGGUCCCGGUACCAUAUUUCUUAUGUUGGUGGGUGCUUUUGUGGCAGCCUUUAGAAUCGACAACUGGACAUCUUUCGAAUACAACCUAUAUCCUAUCGCAAUCUUUAUGUUUGUUUGCUUCACGAUGAAAUCAGAAUAUCAGUUAUUGGUGGCACAAAUCUUAUCUACUGCAUAUGCUAUGAUAAUGAUGGCUGUAAUCGUUGGUACUGCGCUUCAAUUAGGAGAGGACGGUAUCGGAUCACCAUCAGCUAUCUUCUUGAUAUCACUUUCAAGUUCUUUCUUCAUAGCAGCUUGUUUGCAUCCGCAAGAGUUUUGGUGUAUAGUUCCUGGUAUAAUUUACUUACUGUCGAUUCCGUCUAUGUACUUGCUUUUGAUUUUAUACUCGGUCAUUAACUUGAAUGUAGUAUCUUGGGGUACGAGAGAAGUUCAGACAAAAAAGACUAAAAAGGAAAUCGAACAAGAAAAGAAGGACGCAGAGGAGGCUAAGAAAAAGGCGAAACAAAAAUCUCUACUUGGAUUCCUUCAAGGUGUUAACAGUAACGAAGAGGAAGGUUCGAUCGAGUUCUCGUUCGCUGGACUGUUUAAGUGUUUGCUUUGCACUCAACCUAAAGGCAAUGAAGAAAAACUGCAGCUUAUGCACAUUGCCUCUACACUUGAUAAGUUAGAGAAAAAAUUGGACACCGUGGAAAGAAUUGUAGAUCCACAUGGACAAAUAAGAGGGCGUAAGCUUUCGUUAGGGCACCGAGGCAGUACAAAUGGUGACCCAUUGGUAACUGUGGCCGAAGGCGAGGAGGAAGACCGGGGUUCUGAUUCUGAAACCGAAACUAUGUCUUCAAUGCCCAGAGAAAAGAGGGACGAACUUAUUAAUCCUUAUUGGAUUGAAGACACCGACUUAAAAAAGGGAGAGGUUGACUUUAUGAACCAAUCGGAGUUAUCGUUCUGGAAAGACCUUAUCGAUAAAUAUUUGUACCCCAUUGACGCAAAUAAGGAGGCAGAGGCACGUAUAUCCAGGGACCUAAAAGAAUUGAGAGACUCUUCUGUAUUCUCAUUCUUUAUGGUAAAUGCUCUUUUUGUGCUCAUUGUUUUCUUGCUGCAACUGAACAAGGACAACAUUCAUAUUAAAUGGCCGUUCGGAGUUAAAACUAAUAUUACGUAUGAUGAGGUUUCGCAAGAGGUACUUAUAAGCAAGGAAUACUUGCAACUGGAACCUAUUGGUUUAGUUUUCGUGUUUUUCUUCGCGUUGAUUCUGGUUAUUCAGUUUACCGCUAUGUUAUUCCAUAGAUUCGGUACUAUUUCACAUAUAUUAGCAUCAACUGAAUUGAACAUGUUCUGUUCGAAGAAGUCAGAUGAUCUAUCUCAAGAUGCUCUAUUAGAUAAAAAUGCAAUAGCAAUAGUAAAAGACUUACAAAAGCUUAACGGGUUGGAUGACGAUUACGAGAAUGAUUCUGGCUCGGGACCCCAAAAUGUGGGUAGGAGAAAAACAAUUCAUAACUUGGAAAAGGCGAGACAAAAGAAGAGGAAUAUAGGCACGCUUGAUGUUGCUUUCAAGAAACGAUUCUUUAAUAUGAAUGCCAAUGAUGGUCCAGGUACACCGGUUUUAAAUCGCAAGAUGACGUUGCGUAGGGAAACACUGAAAGCAUUAGAGACCAGAAGGAAUUCUGUGAUGGCUGAACGACGAAAGUCACAAAUGCAAACACUUGGUGCCAACAACGAAUAUGGAGUGACUGGCAAGUUAAAUAAUAAUCUCGGAAUAGCUCCGCGACACCGAACUUCGACCGCAAACAUAUCAGUGAAGGAUGUGUUUGCUGAACCUAACGGCGGGAUGGUCAAUCGAGGAUAUGAGACCUCAUUAGGCGACGAGGACGAUAGUAACUCAAUAAGACUCCAACCAAGGCAAAACCAAGUUUCAUUCCAAGGAAGAUUCUAGUGAACAUGCGUAUCUUUGUCGCAAAUACGUAGUUGCCAACUUAGAGAAUUAAAAUGAAUAGUUUUAAGCACUGUAGAUACUCAUUUAGUAGCGUAGUAAUAUUAUUAUUGAACUCAAUUUGUGAAUUUAUAAAUAUCACAAUGUCUUGUGAUUAUUGUGUCAAAUUACCAGAACGGACUGAUGUGAAAACAUUGUUGUCACUACUGUAUUUAGUUUAUAUUUAAUUAUUGAUAUAGAUGUUACA